GUCUUUUGAAUACAAACAAAAGAGACGGCGCGCACUCACUUCCAAAUGCGAGCAAUCGGACUCUGUGUGCUACUCGCGGUCUCGGUGCUGGUGGUGGGCAGCGCGGUUGCCGCGAUCGGAGGCGUCGCACAAGACACAGAGUCUGCUGCUGUCAGGAGCGCGCAACCGGCAGCCGAAGCGACCACUGCUGUCGAUGCCGUUGCUCAGCAGCCACCAUCGCACGAGGACGAGGCUGCAAGAGUGGCUGUCAAGGACGAUGACGUGGAACCACCACAGUCAGUGCCGUCCACUCUGCGAAGAGCGAGCAGUGAGACAACAACGCCGCCACACGAGCCAGUUACUGCAGCAGACGCGACAUUACGCGACGCAGCGAUCGCGGACGAGCAACCAGGGCAAGCGCAAGCCACGCCAACACCAAGCUCAAGCGAGCAGGCAGACUCUGCUCCAUCCGACGCACCGUCAGCGCCUAGAGACGAAGCACUAGCAAGUCAAGAGCCGCGGCAGCAGCAGCUGUCAGGGCAAGACGCCGUCCCUCCAAUGCCCGCUGCCGACGAAGCGUUGCGGGAUACGCCGCCGUCACUGGUCGAAUCGGGCGUGGGACCGACCGCACCUGUUGCUACCACUGGAAGCACGGUGAUUGAUGUGCCACCACACGCAAGCACAUCAUCAAGUGACCCAGCAGAGCCAACAGAAACCAGCUCGACAGAAGCAGAAGCAGAAACAAGCAAAGUGACAACUGCACCCACUCCGUCACUCAGCAGUGCCACACCAGCACCAUCCACCCAGCCACCACCAUCUGCUGUUGUUCCCACCGCUUCUAGCCCAGCUGCACCACCCCUCGAGUCGCAUCAUCUCCCUACGUUCGAAGAGUGGCGCGAUACCCAACUGGCACUCGAUAAAGAGCGCAGCGCUCAGCUGUCAAUUUCGCGCCAAAAGCGAAGAGAGGCUCGCGAAAAGCGGCAGCGAGAGCAAGAGCAACAUGCUCUUGCAACGCACCAGGACCAUGCUAGUCAGGACGAGCAUGACGCGGUGGCAGCAGCAGCAGCCCGGAGUAACUUUGCCUCUGCCGACUGCACGGCCAAGGUGCUCAGCAACAAUGCCGAGGCACAGCACGCCUCCGCGCUGCUCAUGGAUAACCGGGACUAUUACAUGCUCAACCCAUGUUCGGCACCGCAAAAGUGGGUGGUGAUUGAGCUUUGUGAGGACUUGCUGGUCGACACCGUCGAGAUUAGUUCGUGGGAGCUCUUCUCAUCGCGCGUCAAGGACUUUCGAGUUUCUGUCAGCGAUCGCUUCCCAGUCAAGAGCUGGGUGCCGCUUGGCACCUUUACUGCCAACGAGCCGCGCGGCACUCAGCGCUUUGAGGUCGCAUCACCGCUCAUCUGGGCCAAGUAUGUCAAGUUUGAAUUUCUUUCCUACCACGGCAGUGAAUUUUACUGCCUGCUCACCCAAGUGGGUGUGUAUGGUACCACCAUGAUGGAGGAAUUCAAAAACACCAUUUACCAGGCCGAGCUGGCCGAUCGCAAAGCGGCAGAAGACGAGGCCGACGAUCAUGCGCUCGACCCAGACAUGCACGACCACGAUACACUCGAUAGCGGUAUCAACAGUAGCAGGUUUGUGCAUGCAGAGCCGGCAGUCGAUAUUGCGACAGACCCUGAUGCUGUACAGCCACUGGGAGACCUCUCCCAGCCAAACGCGCAAGCACCUGUCUGUGGCGUCCUCGAUGAAGAGGAUGAUGACGAGUAUCUUGAAGAUGAGUACGAGGAUGAGCCGUUUCCAGUACCUCAACAAUUUGAAGUGGAUGAAGAUGUGUUUGUUGCGGGGGCACCCGCAGAACAAAGUGCCGACGACAAGCCCUCGUCCCGGCCGCAACCCGAACAACUACAACACCAGCAGCUUUGCGCAGAAGACGAUUCGCAUGUGGCCGAGUGUGCUCUGGAGACUACAGAGCUCAAGUCCGGCUCGGACGAGAGUUCGGUUCCUUUCACGAACAAGCCAGUUGUCGAACCAGAGGCCGAUCACAGUGUCCAUCUCGUAUUUUCCUCUUCGGAUGCAGUUGCUGCAGACGCCUCCCUCCCCAUGCCACAGAUGACUGUGUUUGUGGAUCCUCUUCCCAGCGAAACGAUCGCAGCUGCUGUCUCUUCCUCAAACGAUGACAGUGAGACCAAAUCAGCAUCUAUCGCCACGUCGGACGGCAGUCAUGCCGAGUUAGAAUCGCCAUCUGGCGCUUCGACAGGCCCAACACCACCAUCGACCGACACCAUCACGAUCCCCCCUUCACCUGGCAGCGCUCGCACAGGCAAAGUCCGUCGUUGCGAUCCAACCACUCCGAGGCAGUUGCUGUUCGAUCGUUCCACGCCAGCCCAGGUUGUCGAACAUGCAAUGCUUCGGAGGUCGCCCCACGACCAACCUUGCAACCAAUGUAGUUUGAGUAACGCUGGCAGCAAACUCACACGCUCCUCGUCCUCCAUUUCUCUACCUUCCGCGCGAUCGAAUCACGAUUCAAAUGCUGCCGCCGUCGCUGCGCUCGCCCUUGCCUCGGACUCCCAAACACAUAAUUCUCAUUCCACUCAACUCGAGCAAAAGCUUACAUCGCCCCAGGCUCUGCGGUCCCAAGCCGAUGCGAUCGGUGUGAACAGCUUGGCGUCCUUCCUGCGGCACGAAUCCCAAAUGGCGACGUUGCUCAAGCAAAUCAAGUCCAUGGAUUUGAACAUGACAUUGAGUCACAAGUAUCUCGACAAGCUCAGCGAAGGAAUGCGAGAUGUAUUCUCUCAACUCACUGCGCUGAAUACUCGCGUGACCGAGUUGGAGCAGCAGACUGUUGCGCGUUUGAUGCAAUCCACUCACGACCUUCGCAACGAUUUCGAGCCUCGACUCGACAAAUUGGAGCUCCAUCUCACCGAGUCGCAAGCACCGGGCACAACUGAUUGGCAAAUAUCGCAGCUGCAACAUGAUCACAACAGGUUGCUCCGCCUGCUGUAUCUUGUUCUGGUACUCGCUUCCGGCUUGGUGACCGCCCUGACACUCAUUUGCAUCUGGCUGGCGAGGCGGGUGGUGUCUUCAAGCAAGCCAGCUCCGCUGUCGGUUGCCGUUCCGAUGGCAAAGCAGCUUGGCUCGCCGCUCGAUGGCUUUGAACUUCCACCUACACCCGUGAAGGUGAAGCUGGAAAGCACUGAAGCCCGUUAGGACAAAGAAUGUUUGCCGUGGCGAACGCAUUGACAUGAUUUGACGCAAUCAUUCCAACCCCUUGCGACAAGAGUGCCUGAUAGAAUGCCACAGCUCUCCCGGCGAAGCGUCACCAAUUACUCACAUGUCUGUAUGAUAAGAUCACAAACUUGUACACAUAAACCUUCACCAACGCCGCCAUGGCAAUGCAAA